AUGGUUACCUAUCAUUCUACAUGUUCGCUUUCUAUGCCAAGCACAUCUUCAAAUUCACAAAGGAAUCGGUCUACUCUUAUAAAUCGAUUUGUAUGUAUUGAUGAUGAAUUAGAAGAUCUGCCUACGAGUAUAUCAAUUGGCACCCGGGCACACAAAGAUUCUUGCCGCCAUUAUCUUGGCAAGAUGGAUGUAUUAUGUCCUUAUUGUUCAGCCUUACAUUGGAUAGAUGAAAAUUUGACAAAAUCAUCUAUAAAGCGUCCCUUAUUCGGAACUUGCUGUUUGGAAGGGAUAAUUAGGCUACCUUUACUUAUUACACCCCCUCCACCACUUCAGGCAUUGUAUGAUGGGAAUAAUGAUCAAUCAAAAUCCUUUCGAAGUUAUACUCGAGUGUACAAUGCAGCCAAUGCUUUUACGAGUCUUGGUGCUACAUUGGAUCCUAGAGUACUCAUUGGAAGGGGCCCUACAUCAUUCACAAUUCAUGGGGAAUUCCGACAUCGAACAGGAUCACUACAACCACAACCAGGGCAGGAUGCGAGUUAUGCUCAGCUGUAUAUUUAUGACCCUUAUUCAGCUUUAGAAAUUCGUAAUCGUAGAAAUCCUAACUUGAGAAUGGAUGUUCUCAAAACUAUUCAGGAUAGUUUGUUGCAAGUUAAUGCAUUUGUAGAUAAAUAUCGCCAGGCUCAUGCCAUUUUACAUCAAUUAGACUCGGCAGGACACAAUCUACCUGCUCAUCUUCAUUACAGUUCAACAACUGAUCGACGUCGGUAUAACCUACCAACUACAGAUGAGAUUGCAAUUGUAAUACCAGGUGAUGGAACAGAGCUUAAUCAAGGGAAACUUCGGGCUGAGCUUUACCAAGAGUUGUCAGAUAUGGAUCCAGAUUAUGUACGACUUGGACAAAUUGGUCAAAGACCAUGUGGUGCUCGAAAUCCGCAAGCACCAUGUAUGGAAAAUGGUAGAUGCACUAAGAGAUACCCUCGAGCUUUCACAGAAACAACAACUAUGGAUCAAGAUGGAUACCCUAUCUAUCGUCGUCGCAAUAAUGGCCAAGUACAUACUGUGAGAGGGCAAGAAGUUGAUAACAGGGAUGUCGUACCAUACAAUGCAUAUCUUUCAAAACUUUUCAACUGUCAUAUAAAUGUGGAAGUUUGUGCCAGAAUGAGAUGUGUCAAGUAUAUACAUAAGUACAUUUAUAAGGGUUAUGAUCGUGCAACGAUGGUUUUAGGAAUGAUAAAUGAGAUUCAACAAUAUCUCGAUGCAAGGUAUAUUGGACCUCCAGAAGCUGCUUGGCGAAUAUUUGCUCAUCCUUUGUAUGCAGAGAUGCCAACAAUUGUACGAUUGGCACUUCAUUUACCUGGAAUGCAUCGUGUUAUUUUUAACCCAGAAGAGUCAUUACAAACUAUUCAAUCUAGAGCUGGUCAACAAAUGUCAACUCUUACUGGCUUCUUUGCAUAUUGUGCUGCCAGUGAAGAUGAAUGUCCAUUCACUUAUCAAGAAUUUCCACAGCAUUUUGUUUGGCUCAAGUCAGAAAAGAGAUGGAAAUCAAGAGAAAGGAGAUAUGCAAUUGGUAGAAUGUACUUUGCUAGCCCUAAUUGUGGUGAAAUAUUUUAUCUACGUUUGUUACUAACCGUUGUCAAAGGACCAAAGUCGUUUCAGUCUUUACGCACAGUCGAUGAUGUUGUGCAUGAUACAUUUAAAUUAGCAUGUAUUGCAAGGGGGCUUUUAAAAGAUGAUAAAGAAUGGAUACAAUGCUUGAAAGAGGCUGCAGUCAUAAAAACUGGAUAUCAAUUGAGGAGAUUGUUUAGUAUUAUUCUUACCCAGUGCUCUCCACUAAAUCCAUGUGCAUUAUGGAAUCAAUUUUCAACGCAUAUAUGUGAUGAUCUUCCACAUAAGAUUUGCAAAAGUUUAAUUGACUUCCCACCCAUGCCACAACCUACUGCAAAUUGGAGUCGGAAUGCUUAUAAUACAAUCACUUCUUCAGUUUUUCAAAAUAAAGGAACUGUUUUCUUUCUGAAUGGGGGUGCAGGAACAGGGAAAACAUUUCUAUACAAUACGAUUGCAUUAAAAUGUCGUAGCCUUGGGCAUAUCGUUGUUACUGUGGCUUCGUCUGGAAUUGCAUCACUGUUACUGUCCAUCUCCGGUCGAUUUCUCGUCGCCGGCGACCACCAGUCUCAUCGCCAGGCCGCUGUCACUUCUCAGCCCUGUUAUCGACUUUACAGCCAUCGUGUUGCCCUCUCACUCUCCUUGGGUGCAGCUGCAAUAAUGACCGGAGGGACCAACAAGAAACGGGCUAGGGAUGCUAUCUCUUCUACCUGA